GGCAGCUCAAAAGAAAAGCAGAGACUCCCGAUGCAUUUGGGUUUUCGCUGGCGCCGCUUCAGUUUAUUCUUCAACUUCCGGGGCAGUGAACUCUCUCUCUCUCUCUCUCUCCUAUUUAUGCCCUCCACUCAUCCAUUGCUUGCGCCGUCUCAAGUCUUACCCAAGGAGCAAGGGUUUGGUGAGGUUUUCGCCUGCUGCCAUCCGCGGCCAUUCCUCGAUUUCGUCAAUGGGCGGCGGGGGCAGUGACGGCGACGGCUACAGCGACUGGGCGGUGCUGCCCUGCCCUCCCCGCCUUGCCGAUGUUAGUCUUGCUCUGGUCGGGAAAGUUGGUUCCGGCAAGAGCGCAACCGCAAAUUGCAUACUUGGAGACGACGCAUUUGAAUCGAAGGACUCUUAUAGAGCUGUCACUGAAACUUGUCAGAAGAGAAGCAGGGAGUUCCACGAUGGCUGUGCGACCCGUACCGUGAAUGUCAUAGACACUCCGGGCCUAUUCGACAUGGAUAGUACAGCUGAAGAUGUUCAGAAAGAGAUAGCCAAGUGCAUGGACAUGGCCAAAGAUGGCUUCGAUGCUAUGCUUAUGGUCUUUUCAGCUCAGUCUCGGUUUUCUUGUGAAGAUGAGAAGGCAAUUGAGUCAAUCAAACUGCUCUUUGGCAAUGAAGUCCUUGAUCACAUGAUAUUAGUUUUCACACAUGGAGAUGUAGUAGGGGGCGAAAGCCGUUGGAAGAAAAAGUUAACUGACAGUGCCCCAGCAUAUCUCCAGGACAUGGUGGACCUAUUUGCAGACAGAGUUGUUCUCUUUGACAAUAACACCAGUGAUAUGCAGCAGCGCGAGUAUCAGCUCAAAAAUUUGUUCCGUGCGGUGGAUUUUGUCAUAUCAAGAAAUCAUGGCAGACCGUUCUGCAACCAGAUGUUCACUCAGAUUAAGGAAAUGCAUCCAGUAUCCAUAUCAAAUAAAGAGAUAUAUGAUGACUACCUUAAACAGAUAAGCAAGAUGGUGGAGGAAAAGUUAAACAGUACAAUUGCAAGGCUGGAAACCCAGCUGCACGAAGAGCAGAAAGAAAGGCAAGCCGUAGAGAACAGCUUGAGAGAAGAGAUUCAUGCACUGAAGGAUAGCCUGAAGAAGGCUGAAGAAGAGGCCAACAAAUCUAGCAGCAAAUGCAUCAUUCUGUAAGAUGGUGUCCUUGGACUGUUGGACAAAAUUUGCAGCAUGUAUGAAUUCUGUAUGCUUCGCUAUCUGGAAACUCCGUAACUGCUAGUAGUACUACUUAUCGAGCAUCGUGAAAGACCUGAACAAGAUUUUGUUUUGAGUUUAGAUUGAAUUCUGUAUGCUUGGCUAUGAUAUGUACAUCUUGCAUGCA